AGCGCCUCCAUCCAGCAUUCGAGCACGUACGUACGCACUAGCGUGGCCUCGCGAGAUCGACGGAGUCCAGCUAAGGCGAGGGAUCGGUUGCCCGCCGGCGUGCCUCGCCGGAGAGUGGCGGUAUACGCACGCUUCGACCAUUGUGAUGGACCAGCGGGCGGCCUGCGGCGGCGAAGGAGGGGGCGUCCAGCGGCGGCGGCCGUACAAGGGCGUGAGGCGGCGGCAGUGGGGGAAGUGGGUGUCGGAGAUCCGGGUGCCCGGGACGCGGGAGCGCCUCUGGCUCGGCUCCUACGCCACCGCCGAGGCGGCCGCCGUCGCGCACGACGCCGCCGUCUGCCUCCUCCGCGGCGGCGCCGGCGGCGGCCUCAACUUCCCGGGCCGCGCCGCCGCCUACGGCCGCGUCCUCCACCACGGGGGCGCGGGCCAGCUGCUCUCGCCACGGUCGGUCCAGCGCGUGGCGUCCGACGCUGGCAUGGCCGCCGACGCGCAGCUCGUGGAGCUGCGCGAGAGGGUCCCCGCGCCGCCCGGCCAGGAGACGGCGCCGGACGGUGGCAUUGACGCCGUGCAUGGUGGUGCUGGUGCCGGAGAGCAAAUGGCAUACGGUGGUACUGGUACGAGGAGCUACAGCCCCGGAAGCGAGCAGCUCGUCUACGGGGAGCUCAGUGUGGACGACAUGGAGAUCGUGACGAUGUUGCAGCUAGUGUAGUUGUAGAUAGUUAACUUUGGCAGAUCAAUAGCGUUGCAGAACCAGCAAGUAUUUAUUUUUUUGGCAUAAAAAAAUCAGCAAGUAUAUAUGA